AUGGGCAAAGUUCGUAGAAAUGCGAAAAAAGUUGUUAGAAAGCGAAGACUCAUUACAGACGAUAGUGAAGACGAACGAUUAAGGCAACAUCUCCGAGAAAAAUUUAGCAAUAAUAUUAAUCGCCGAAAGGUGGAACGGAGUGCUUGUUUGCGGCUUGAUGAAAACGGAAAAUAUUUCGUUUAUAAUGGUGAAAGGCACGAUACUAUUAUUAAGAAGGCAAGGGAAUCCUCGAUGAACAAAUUAAGCCAGCCAGAAAUUAGGAAAGAUUGUGUUACAACCAAGUGGAAAUGUGCUUUAUGUCAACAAAGGACAUUGCGUUCUGUUCUAGGUGAUCUCUUUGGACCAUAUUAUGUUAAAAUAUCGGGUAAAACUUGGCCAAAUUUUAUCGCGAAGAAACCGGGAAAAUUCAGUACAAAGAACACGUAUUUGCUCGAUUUAUGGUUGCAUGGUAUGUGCGCCCUUUAUACCGAAGAAUUACAAAUGUUUGGAAACCAGUUUCCAGCCCUUGAACAAAAUAUUAGUCGAUAUUGGUCGCAACAUUGCGCGAUCUGUUCCAAAGAAGGUGCGACAAUUGUAAUCAAAAAUUUAUUUUAUCAUUAUCCAUGUGCAUAUAGUAAAGAUAUUCUAGAGGAGCAGUAUUGA